AUUCAUCACAAUAUUUUCUAAUAUUUUCUAAUCCACAUUUAAUGCAUGGGCAUACAUAUUUUUUCAGAUAUAUUACUUUUAUUUUGACAAAACCAUACUGCAGUUGACCCGGAAGUAAAAACAAAAAAUUUGCCGUCCUUCUUUGUAGCUUGGUGUUGGUGAGCAACGAUAAAAGAUCCCAGUUUCAUAGUCGUGUUUUUUUUAUUUUUUAAAAUAGAUAUUAAUUGUUUUGUGCUAUAAACCCAGACAUCGGAGCUGGUCGUAUUCAUUUGAACACAGCACGAUGGUAAACACGUCCUGCAGUAAAACGCAGGAGUUUUUAACGAACGCCUCUCUGUUUUAUAAAGACUUGUGUCCGGAGCAGGCGCGUUUCCUCAUGCAGAAGCAGCAGAUGAAUGGCCCUGCGCUGCCAGACACAGUUCUGUGCCCGUUCUGUUUUCAGUGGCGCCGACCUGGAGAGUACCACGUGCGAUUACGGCCCAAGCGCAGACCCUCGGUGCGUAUCAGGAAGCUGCUCAGGAGGGAGCAGGCCCGCAAGAGGCUCAGUUCACAGGAAAUCCAACUUCUUCAGAGGUUCAGAAGAGCUUCCAGCAUUCUGAUGGCGACCUGCCUCACGUGUAAUAAUACGUCCAGGCAAAUCGGGAUGAACAGGGAUUUUCUGGGGACUUUACCAAAGAACACCCCAGUGAGCAUGUCAAAAUGUAGGACUCCUCAGUCUGCUAGCAAAGUGACACCCAAGCCCAACCUCCAUGAAAAAACACCAAGCAGAACACCAGAGGCAAGACCAUCUGAAUGCACCAGCUCCUUGACGUCAGGCAGCGGGAAGAAAGCUGUUUUCUCACGUCUUAAGAAGAUUCUGAUGCUUGAGGAGAGCCAGAAGAGAAAGAAAGGGGGUCUGAAAGACUUCCUCACCUCUCUUUAAGAAGCUCGUGGACUACAGAAAACCAGAAACCCCAACGGUCUAGCCUCGUUUAGUUUAGAGCAACAGGUUUAAGGGGGAAUGGAGCAGAAGAUGGUUGGUUGUGCUCACUUUAGUGUAUACUACAGUGACACCUGGUGGAUGACUCUCUAAAGUCUGGUUUACAGACAUGAGGCCCUUUCACCUUCCGUGUCUUCCAUCCCCGUUCCAGUCAGGACGAGGACUAGAAGAGAGCUGGCUGCCUUUGCGAAUGUUUUUCAGUACAGCUGAUAGGCUGUAAAUGCUACAGCUACAUUAAAUAAACGUUAUUCAUUCCUGUCAUUGUCGUGUUCGCUGACGUGUUUCAUUGUCCUCAGUUUUUCCAUCUUGUCUAGUGCUCCUUCAGAGACGCUCACAUGGUUCACAACUUACUCUCUGUAUUCGCUGUUCAUGUUCGUUUAAUUCAGCAGGAACAGAAUUUUGAAAAUGUUGACUCUCUCAGGGUCUCGGUUUAUUGAAUUGCUAAACACUGGGAAAGAGACAGCAUUGCUUAUGCCAUGUUUUUGAAGUGAGAUAAAUUAUAGAUAUGCUGUGUAAAUAUAGAUGUAUUUUGGAGUUUGUACACAAUCUUUUUAACUAGGCCACUGCAAUUUUUAAAAAUUUUUUAUCUUGUAUUCUUUUGUAACAGGACUGUUACAGUUGUGAUUAGUAUUUAACAGUUGUGAUUAGUAGUUAAGGGCUAUUAGUGGUUUAUUAAGGGUUUACAUUUGAUGGACUGUUUUUGCCCUAAAACUGUAUUGCAAGGACCAAAGAUGUCUGUUGCUGUAGCCACAUUAAGAUGAGUGUCAAAUGAAUGCAACUUGUAUGCACACUUCACUUAUUUUCAAUAAAUCAGUUGUGAAAAAGA